GGGGAGCCACCGGUCCUGGGAGAGGAGAGAGGGAGCGGGCGAGGAGCGGGUCCGGUGCCGGGCCCCUCUGCCCCCUCCUGGGUGGGCAGGCAGGUCGGGCAGCCCCCCGCCGCCCCCCGCCGGUCCUGCCCACGAUGGCCAGCUACCCGGAGCCGGACGACGACGACCCCGUGGCUCUGCUGGCCCAGGACGCCGCCGAGGUCGCCGCCCUGGCCGGCAAGGAGGCGGAGGCCAAGGACCAGCCGAGCCCGGCGGGCACCGGCGGGGCCGGGCCGGGGGGCACCGGGGGCACCGCGGGCAGCGGGCCGGGGGCCGAGAAGCCGGACCCGGCGCAGAAGCCCCCUUACUCCUACGUGGCCCUCAUCGCCAUGGCCAUCCGCGAGAGCGCCGAGAAGCGGCUGACCCUGUCGGGGAUCUACCAGUACAUCAUCGGCAAGUUCCCCUUCUACGAGAAGAACAAGAAGGGCUGGCAGAACAGCAUCCGCCACAACCUCAGCCUCAACGAGUGCUUCAUCAAGGUGCCCCGCGAAGGGGGCGGCGAGCGCAAGGGCAACUACUGGACGCUGGACCCGGCCUGCGAGGACAUGUUCGAGAAGGGCAACUACCGCCGCCGCCGCCGCAUGAAGAGGCCUUUCCGCCCGCCCCCGGCCCACUUCCAGCCGGGCAAGAGCCUCUUCGGGGGCGUGGUGGGCACGGUGGGCACGGUGGGCGCCGUGGGCACGGUGGGCGCCGGCGGCGGGGCCGACGGCUACGGCUACCUGGGUCCGCCCAAGUACCUGCAGCCGGGCUUCCUCAACAGCUCUUGGCCCCUGGCACAGCCCCCCGCGCCCGUGCCCUACGCCUCCUGCCAGGGGGCCGGUGCCAACGCCGGGGCCGUGGGCGUCAAGGGGCUGGGGCCGCCCCCGGGCCCCUACGGGUCCUACCCGCGGGUGCAGGGCAUGGCGCUGCCGGCCGUGGUCAACUCCUACAACGGCCUGGGCGCGCACCCGCACCCCCCGCACCCCCAUGCCCACCCGCACCCCCACCACCCGCACCACCCGCACCACCCUCACCACCACGCUCCGCACCCGGCCGCCCCGCAGCUCAGCCCCGCCAGCCCCGCCGCCGCCCCGUCCCCGGCCUCCGCCGCCCCGUCCCCGGCCAACGGGGCGGCCCCCGGGGGGCUGCAGUUCGCCUGUGCCCGCCAGCCGGACCUCUCCGUCAUGCACUGUGCCUACUGGGACCACGAGGGCAAGCACGGCGCCUUGCACUCCAGGAUAGACAUCUGACCGACCGACGGUCACCCCCUCCGACCCCCGUCCUCCCCCGCCCCCCAGGACCGGCCCUCGCCCACCGGGCCUUCGCCCACUGGGCCCUCGCCCACCCGCGCCCCGAGGACCGGCCUCCUCCCCCUUCCCUCCCCUUCGGACGGCCCGGUGCCAACCGGGGUCACGGCCCCACACCCCACCCCAUCCCCACCCCCUGCUCCAGCGUUGGCACCGAGUCGGGGCCCGUUUCAAGGGCCCGAGGAACGGUCGACCCCGGGCCAAGGCCGCAAAUCGUCUCAAGGUCUGUGUGCGUGGGGGGGAGGGGGGGAAGGAGGGCGGCUCUAGGUUGGCAUGCUCGCUUGUCACUUUGGUCCCAGAGAGAAGAAAACCCCCAAAAAAUGCCCACAAAAAUAACCUCAGAGGCCUCCUUUUUCUCCCGUCUGGGGAGAGGGAGGGAGAGCCUGGCAUUUAGAUUCGGCUUCCCUCCUCUGCUCCCGACCUCCUCUUCCCUUAAAAACCAACAGACGAAACAACCUCUCCUCCCGACCUCCUCUUCCCUAAAAAAACCAACAGACAAAACACCCCAUCUCGGAGCGUUUUUCUGCCCCGGUUUUUGGGGGGACUGCGCCUCGGGAGCUCAGGGAGUGAGGGGCAGAUGGACAGCGUGUCCACCUCCCCACCUCGUCCCUCCCCACGUGAAGCUGUCUCUCUGGAGACAGCCGUCCCUCUGGAGGCCUCAGAUUCUCCAUAAAUACGUGUACAUACAUAUACCGAGAUAUAUGUAUGUUAAAUACGUGUACAUGCAUAUACGCAGAUAUAUGUAUGUAUGUAGUCCUAAACGGCUCAGCCAGGGGUUGGUUGCACUUCUUCGAUAUUCUGUCAAAGUAGGACUCUCGGAGGUUUCCGAGCGAGAUGUGAGAUUUGCUUUGAUUCUGCGGUGGUAACGACGGUUCCUUCAAACCAAAGCAAUUUUUUUUUGUGUUUUUUUUUUUUAAAAAAAGUCCACCAGGUAAACCUGUGUGACGUGUUGUCGCACUAGGGUUUGUUAGAGUCGAAAAAAAAUGGGGGCGGGUGAUGUAUAUAAUCGUCCAUUCUGUGAGAUUUUUAGAAGCGCAACGGGCCUCUGAAAAAAACGAAGUGUUAACAUGGGAGGUUCGGAUUCUGAAAGACGGCUUCUAGUCGGAUUUGGAAUCGGGCUUUCUCCGAGCGAGUAAAAUUUAAUUUCAUUUUCUGACCAAAGCCCCUGGCCCAAAUAAAAAGGAUUCGUUGGUAGUUGAUUGUUGUUUGGGGUCUUAACUGCUUUGGAUUGCUCAACCCUCCUCUUUUCAUUUUUUAAUUCCUCAAACCAUCUUGAUUCUCCAGCCUCGGGUAGAGUAAAAAUGUGAAAAACAGAAGUGUUAUAAUUAUUGGGGCCAGGUCCUAGCGAUCGUAUCCGUGUUUGUGUAAAUUCAUAGAUAGUGUUGCCUCGUACCAUUUUGGGGACCAACUUUUCUAGAGUGAACUAUAGCACUUUUGUUGUAUUUUCUAGCAUUGUAAAUUCUUUAAUAAAAUGUGUUUUUUUCUUUAA